ACUUGUUGAAGUGGAACGUGGAACUCCAACAAAAUAGUAUGACCGUGAUUGGUUUUAAGGAAAUAAAGACAUCGGCGGACUGUUUGCAGAAACUGGCAACUCUAGCAAAAAACCACAAUGGCGAAUACAUCGAGUGCCGGCGUUGUGGUGCCACGAAAUUUCCGCUUACUGGAGGAGCUGGAUCAGGGCCAAAAGGGCGUGGGCGAUGGCACCAUAUCGUGGGGCUUGGAGAACGACGAUGACAUGACGCUCACCUACUGGAUCGGCAUGAUCAUUGGUCCGCCAAGAACACCAUUCGAGAAUCGAAUGUAUUCGCUAAAGAUCGAAUGCGGUGAGCGCUAUCCAGAUGAGCCGCCAACGCUCAGGUUUUUAACUAAAGUAAAUAUUAAUUGCAUUAAUCAGAACAAUGGCGUGGUUGAUCAUAGAUCAGUGCCAAUGUUGGCCAGAUGGAGUCGUGAGUAUACUAUAAAAACGAUGCUGCAGGAAAUUCGUAGGAUUAUGACCAUGAAAGAGAACCUGAAGCUGGCACAGCCACCAGAAGGAAGCUGUUUUUAGUCGACAACAUCCAUUAGUAACAACAACAACAACAACAGCAACCACAGAGCUAGGAGCAGCGGCAAUCGCAACGAACAAGAUAAACCAAAUCAUCUGUAUCUGUAUCUGUCCAAGACCAAGAUCCGCCAACCUGCUGAUGGCUGCUGGCGGAUGAUCGUUUUGCUGUAGCUGCUCCUGCCAAGGAUUUUGAUGAACGUAAUAGGAGAUUGAUAAGAUCGAGUGCGGUUAUUGUGGAAAGAACAACAACCAAAUGCAAGCUAUAUACUAUAAGUAACACUGGAACAGCCGCUAAAUGCGAAAUGCGUCCCUUCCGUCAUGAAAACUAUGUCAUCGCGUUUGGUUACUUUACUCUACUUCACCCAACAAAACAACCUUCUUAAAUAAGAAAUAAAACAACAGCGAGAGAAAUGCCUACGAAA